CCGCCGUCGAUAGGGAUAGACGCGUCGCGACGACUCGACGAGCGCAGUUUUGUUCAAUAUUUUCCAUCGCUAAAAUGAUGAAAGGAAACCACACUGUUUUCAUUUUGAUCGGUCGUCGCCAGUGAAACAUCGCCUGUAAUAUGAAGUUUGCGGGAUAGAAAAGAAAAAAAAAACGUGUUUUAAGGACGCCGAAAGGAUAAUAAGAGAACGCCGGAAUGUUUUUAUACGCUCAUUUUUCGCCCUUAAGUUGAACGUUUGACUAUUAAUCAAGAAUGGCUGAUCGCGAUCCCUUCGAUGACGAGCUGGUCUCCAGCAACACGAACCAAAGGAACUGGCGCGGCAUCCUCAUAGCUCUUCUGGUGAUCGUCGUCGUUUUGGCGCUCAUCGUGACCUCCGUGGUGCUCCUGACGCCCCCCGACGGGGGCCCGAGGAUCAAGGGCAACAGGUUCCAGCUGCAGGACAUCCUGAACCACGACUUCCAGCCGCUCAGAUUCAACGGCUCCUGGAUAUCCGACGAUGAAUUGAUCUUUAAAGACCAAUGGGGCGGUAUCAGCAUAUUGAAUGCAUCGAAUCUCACCGUUAGAACGAUCAUGUCGAACCAAACUUUCAUGCGCCUGAAUCCGUCGAGAUUCCAAUUAUCCCCCGACCAGAAGUACUUGUUGCUGGCCCUGAACGUGCAAAAACUCUUCAGGCACUCCUACUUGGCCCAGUACAUCGUCUACGACAUCCAAACCGGCAACGAUUUCCCUCUGCGACCGAUUCCCGAAGACGACGACCACCCGUUCCUUUUGCUGGCCGAAUGGACGCCCAAAGGCCACUCCUUGGUGAUGGUCCAAGACUACAACGUCUUCUACAGGAAAACCCCCACGUCCCACACCGGCUACAAGGUGACCCACACCGCCGUGCCCGGCGUCGUCAGCCACGGCGUGCCCGAUUGGCUCUACGAAGAGGAGAUACUGGGCACGAAUUCGGCCAUUUGGAUGUCCAGGGACGGUCUGCUGAUGGUCUUCGCGACGUUCAACGACACCUUGGUGGAGGAGUUGCGGUUCCCUUGGUACGGUUCCAUCAAAGACGGCAGGCUGUACCCGGACAUCAGGUCUUUGAGGUACCCGAAGCCCGGCACCAGGAACCCCCAGGUCACCCUGACGGUGGCCGAUCUGGCGGACACUUCCAACAUCAAAAUCAAGCCGGUGAUGCCGCCGAGCGUGAUCGCCCGCCGAGAUCAUUAUUUCACGGCGGUGUCGUGGAUCAGCUCGACGGAGAUCAGCGUGGUGUGGCUGAACCGGCCGCAAAAUUUGUCUGUGAUAACGAUUUGCUCGAGUCCCAAAUGGGAUUGCAGAGAGACUCAACGGAUAACGAGCGAUGGACAGGGAUGGGUCGACAUGGGGGACAGUCCGGUUUUCGGAGGGGAUAGUUCGAAUUACAUCACCAUAGCUCCGGUCAGGGACGGACCGGCCGGGAAUUUCAGGCACGCCGUUUCUGUGAACAUACCGAAGAGGCGCGUUUUGCCGUUGACUCACGGACGAUACGAAGUCACCAGAAUCCUGACUUGGGAUCAUUCCAAUGAUGUCAUCUACUUCCUCGGCGUGCCCGAACACAAACCGGGCCAAUUGCACCUGUACAGGGUGGCCUCGGUGCCGCCCCGAACGGGCGCCUCCCUGCCGCCCCCCGUAUGCCUGACCUGCGCCAAGGAACCCGCCCCCACCCAGCCCUCGUUCAUCUCGCUCGACGAGAACAUCUACCGCGUGAAGACCGGCACGUGGGACGACGACGACGACGACGACGUCGUUCUCACCACCCCGUCGACGAGGAGGAAGAAGAAGAAGCCGAAGGCUGCGAACAAACAUCCGGCUUGUUUGUACCACAACGCCGUCUUCAGCCCCAAAUCCUCCUACUAUGUAUUGGAGUGUUUGGGGCCCGGGAUUCCCACCACGUCGUUGCACAAAACCGCCAUGCCUCGACCGAGGUUGCUCCUUUGGAUGCAGAACAACACCGAAUUGAGGGCGAGAGUCGACGAGAUGGCGAUGCCUCAGAUUAAAACGUUUCCUGUCCAAAUAUCCGGAGGGUAUCAAGCUCAAGUUCGACUUCAUCUACCACCAGGUCUUCGAGAAGACGAGAUCACCAGGUAUCCGUUGAUUGUGCAAGUGUACGGAGGUCCAGGAAGCCAGCUGGUGACCGAGAGGUGGAGGUUAGAUUGGAACACUUUUCUAUCGGGUAACAAGGAUUUCAUCAUAGCUCAAAUCGAUGGAAGAGGCUCCGGCGGGCAGGGUCAUCGGAUAUUGCACAAAGUUUACUACAAACUAGGCUCGGUGGAGGUUGCUGAUCAAUUAGAAGUCACCGAAUACUUGAAGGAAACCCAACACUUCAUCGAUAAACGAAGGGUGGCGGUUUGGGGAUGGAGUUACGGUGGAUUCGUAGCGGCGCUGGCGCUGGCGAGUCCCAAAAACGUGUUCCAUUGCGCUAUAGCCGUUUCGCCUGUCACAAACUGGAAACUAUACGAUUCGGCGUACACCGAAAGAUUCAUGGGCCUGCCGAAUGUAACGGACAAUUACAAAGGCUACGAGGAGGCGGACGUGAGCAAAAAGGCCCAUCAACUCAAAGACAAGAUGUUUUAUUUGAUCCACGGCUCCGCCGACGAUAACGUCCAUUUGCAGCAAUCGAUGUCGCUGAUGAAGGCGCUGUCAGAGGCCGGGACUUUGUUCCGCCAACAAAUCUAUCCGGACGAGAGUCACAAUUUGGGCGGCGUGAAGAAGCACCUCUACGAGAGCAUGGGCGGCUUCCUGGACGAUUGCUUCGUGAAGCAAGUGCCGCCCGAGUUCAAGGCGGGAUUGCGGAACUACAUCGACUAGUAUACGGAGGAAGAUUCGCAAGAAUCUUCCGGCAAGUAAACGGAUCCAGAGAAACCGAAUUUAGAGUACAAUAAUAGUUUAAACUAGUAGCAAGCGAUUGUAGCGAGAGAGAAUUGUACUAGAGGUCUUUGAGUGAUCGAUCGAUUUAGCACUUGGGCGAGAAGAGGCUUGUAAUGUACCCUAACAAUCUUCACAACCUAAAUCUGUGCUUUGAGUCAUCCAAUGAAUUUUUUUGGAUGUUAGUGAUGAAAGUGCCAAAUUUUAAAUACGAUUGAUGUUCUGUCAUAAUUACGAUAAUUAAAUGUUCUGCGGCGAAUGAAAGCGAUAUCGUUUAAGACAAAUAUACUGCGGUUACCUUAAAACUCAGGAACAUGUUAGUUAUACCUUACGAAAAAGACCUGCGGAUCGAAAUUUUAUUUGCUGAAGGAAAUUCAAGAGCGCGAUUUUAAUUGCUUAUAAACGAUUUGGAUCAUUCGCAAUAUUUCUAUUCCUCUGCUUGUUUUUAACUUAUUCACCAUUUCUGCAGAAACUGAUUAAAUUAGAUAGAUCUGUAGGGCAUCCAAACGUUUAGAUUAAAGUAGAUUGGAUCAAUUCAAAUUAUUUGAAAAUCGAGUAAUAUAGUAAAUUUAUUCGAUAAUCACAUUUCGUUUAUGGAUAAAAAGUUUAAUUGUUAACAUAUCUCGAGAAAUUUUUAUUGCAAAAUGUUUCAUGUGAAAACCUGUAUUAUACAUACUUUAGCCAAAUAGUUGAAAGACCAAAAUUAUCUUAGAUUUAGAUUAUUCUUACAAAAUUUUAGUGAGAAUAGAUUAUAACGAGAAUAAUAUUGAGUAAAAGUUAUUUGAAAAUGUUAUAAAUAUAGCUACUAAGUCGUACGCGAUUCCUAGGCGUUUUAAAAUAAUACUAGGAUGGAUCUAAAUGCCGAUUAUUAAUUGUAGAUGAAAUUGCUCUUAAGCUAGUUCGAUGAAAGAGUACUCGUAGUAAUAAUUUUUUCUAUGCUUAAAAAUUUCGAUGUUGAAGAGGAGAAUUUAUAGAGAUGUCGAGGCUAUUUUGAAAUUCGGUUUCUGAGCAAUUUUUUAUGAAAAUUUUGGAGAAUCUUCAAUAUCAUCGAAUUCGAGAUACUUGAGUAUAUAAAUUAAUAGUUAAUUCUCGAAUAUUUUAAUAAGCUAAUAAAAAAAUUGGAAUUUUUAAAACUUUGUUAAUCUCAAUAUGAAAUUAUUUUAACAUAAUUUAAAUUUAGAGCAAAAUGUUAUUACUAAUUAGAUAUAGUACUUGUUAAUGCAAGUAUUCUUGGUGCAAAUACGAUUUAAGUAAAUUUAGUGUAGAUCAGAUUAUAGACUGAACAUAUAUAUACUUUGACUUUAUAUUUUAAUUCCUUACUCAAUCGAUUAGAUAAUAAAGCAGAAGAAAUUUCACAGGAACAGUUAUUGAUUGUUUGUGAUACUCUUUAUGCAAUCACGCUAUUUUUUUUUCGAUAUACCAUUAACACCUAACCGUAAGAUAAAUUUUAAAAGUAAGUCAAAUUAUAUAAAAUAUAUGAUUUAUGAAGAGUUUAUUGUAGAUAAGUAGGAACUUUAAUGAAACCUAUUUUAAUGAAACUUAACGAUUAUAUAGUCGCAUUUUCAAAGUAAUAAUUGUACAUAAAAUUAGAUACGAUAUAAACUCAUUAAAUUUCGGCUGAUCGCCAUCUAAAAAAACGGAUCAUGUCAAAAAUGAACUUUCUUCGAUCGCCAAAUACGAUCAAGUACACUAAAAUUUAUGAAUUGUUUUUAGUUAUUUAAUUUUAACAGAAAUCCAGUCCUUCCAAGAUUUCUACAAAGUGUUUUCCCUUUCCAUGUACAAUCACUUCAGUAAAACGAAGAAUAUCUAUUUUAAUUAAUCACUAAAGGAGAUUUCCAAAUGUCCGGGAUUGAUUGCAUUUAAAUUGGUGAUUAAUUUGAACGAAACACGGGAAGACACAUUCUAGAAAUCCAAUUAGAUAACUUUAAAAAAAAAUAAUUUCACCGUGGAAGAUUUAUGGUUCAUUUCUCCUGCAAACACCUUGUGAUAUCAGUAAAAACAUGAUUGUAGAAUGUUUAAUAAACUAAAAAUGUACGUAGCGUUGUAUUUAAGAAAUUAAUUAUCUAUUUUUGUGCAUUCUACUUGUAAUGUUGUUGCGCGUAUUAACGAAAAACUCGCGGGGUAAGUUUAUUAAAUUGUUGAAAAAUGCGCCUCUCGAUUUUUCGCAUAAUUUUCGUUGCAGGAAAGUCGAAUAUUAGGCGAGUUACUCGAAUUAAUCUCAUCAUUUUAUCGACAAUCACGCGAAGUUAGUGGCACAUUAAUCAUACUAAUAAGCAAUGAUUUCUGAAUCGAAUCGGUACUCGAAUAUUUUUACUGAAUAUAAUUAAGUUUUUGUAAAAAACCGAGUAGCUUCUGCCUAAUAUUUUUUUGUGUUUGAAAUAGCGCGAUAUUUUCCUUAUGAAUCUGAUUAGUGGUUUUGUACAGACAUGGGUCCAACAUCUGUUCUAUUUUUCCAAAUGUGCACAUUGUUACUUACUUGUAAGAAUGAGUGAGAAUUCGUAGAAUGUCUAUUUAACUCAUCUGUGAAGCAAUAAAUUUUAUACUGCAUCGUUUAAUUUUACGCAAGUUCGAUUCGUUGUCGAGGAGAAUUGUCUUCUAGAAACAAGCAAAAUGUUGUUGCAUGGAAAUUUGAAAUUUGAAAUGAAAAAUCUGGCUUGUAAAAGAAUGGGAAAAAUAUAAAAGUUUUAAAUUUCCAUGUAGGUAAACGAUGAGUUAGUUAUUACUUAUCGAAGAUUGUAUAGAACGUUGGAAUUGCUACAUAUUUCACAAAUUUGGCAAAAAAAAAUGAUAGUUUUUUUACUUAAUGUCGAGAAAUUUGCAAAAUUAGCGACAUUUUUUGUUAGCAUUAUAAUUGUUUGAAAAUAUCGAAAAAAGCACUUGAACUUACGAAAAAUAUUACUAAAACUUGGUUAACUAAACUUCUAAUAAAAUAACUUGUUAAAAUUGAACUAUAUUAAAUAAAAUUUCGAGUUUAGCAAAAAUUGUUUAGUUCCAUUUCCACCUUACAAAAACAUCUACGAGUAUUUAUCGUAUCCUUGAGGAGUAUUUUCUCUAAUCCACGACACAUAUUUCUUCACAUUCGUAUACACGCUGGGCACACCGGGACUUCCGCAUUGAUCGGAUCCAAACGACAAUAUACCAACCUAAAAACCCAGCAAUAAAAUAACCAAAAAAAAAUCCCUAAACAAUUCACUCUACCUGGUAGUUCGUAUUUCCAUGCCGAACCAACAGAGGAGCGCCCCCGAAACCGCUGCAAGCAUCAUUUCCAGCUUCACCUCCAGCACAAAUAUGGUCCUCACCAACAGGCAAUGUCCUGCCGUAAACCUGCUGGCAUUGCUGCAAGCUUAUGAUGGGCAGCCGCAAAACUUGCUGUCUAGAUGGA